GCACAGACGCAAGCUCAUUUCUGGCGCGGACAGGCCAAUUCACUCGUUGACCCUGAAGCGCCGAACCCUGACGGAGGACCGCGCUGCCAUAACCUCAGGUGACCCCCAGCUGUCCGUCCCCGUCAUACGUACCGCCGGGCCAGCCGCGCCUCCGCAUGACGUUGCGAAGUGGUGCAGGGCUCGAGCUUGACCUUUGGUUUCAGCAGCCAACUCCGAUGCUGGCACACGACACCCUCUGUAGCCUGACCACUCCCCAUAUAUAGCCACCAUGUCUGGCCGCCCCAGGAAUCUGCACCCGUCGCGGUCUUUCACGCGCCUCGACGCUGCCCCGACAAGCCCGCUGGCCCGCAAUCGAGCAAGCACCUUGCAAGGUCCCCAUGUGACCGACAUGCUCGACCCACUCAAGACCAGCAUGGUACCAGAGGAAGAUGAGAACGUGGAUGGCGAUGUCUUUGCGAAGAAGGAGGAGGAGGAGCAACAGCUGCCGGCCCAACCAGCUCCAGAUGUCUUCGAGGAGCUGCCCAUCGAGAUACGGAGCUUGACGGAGAGGUUCCUCGAGUCCCUUUCUGCCAAAGUCCACCCGACCCCCCCUACCGCCGACAGUCUCUCAGACUUGUUCCAAGACUUCUAUACACGCGCCUCAUCCAAGAUCAACACACACAUAGCAACACUCUCAGCUCGUCUGACGAGUGAGACCUUCAUAGCGCAAUCGAACAAGGGCUCGGCGCCAUCGAGCAGAGCAGGCUCGAUCAGAAAAGGCAGCGACCCCGCUGCCGAACAGCAGAUGCUUAGUGCGUCUGAGAUGUCUGACAGGAAGAAGGCCAGAAAGUCUCUCGAAACGAAGAAGGUGUUGCUGGAAGAGGCUGUCGAGAGAGCCGUCUGUGAGAAGGUCUACGACAGGAUUUGGCGACACAGGAGUACGGAUGACGAAGAACGGGAUCACAAGCUAAGGUCACGAACAGCGGCACUCUCGCUUGUUGGUAUUGGCCUGAAGGAGUUACUUAUGACUGGCGAGGAAAUGACCGAGGAGGAACGCAACAAGGCUAAAGAGAAGGAGCCUGAGAUUCGGGAGUUUCUAUCCGCUGCUCGAUCAGACAUCAUGAAGAUGAACCACGAGAAGCACCCACUUGGCAAAAUGCUGCACCUGACAGCAGCGCACAAAUCCAUCGUAGACGCGCUAUCGAAGAUCUUUCCAGCCACCUCAUCAGCAGACGAGAUCUUGCCUACUCUCAUCUACGCUCUCAUCACCCUCCCACCCGCAUAUCUCAACGUGAUCAGUGACCUCAACUUCAUACAGAGGUUCCGUGGCGCAAGCAGGAUCGAUGGAGAGACAGCUUACUGUCUUGUCAACCUGGAGGCGGCAGUGUCCUUCUUGGAAACAGUAGAUCUUUCGUCGCUCCGCGCCGAGGAGGGAGCUGCACUAGAAAGAACCAGCUCGCGACCUUCAACACCGAAGGUCGAAGUCACUCCUAUGCUUCUAGGGCUGUCUGACGCACCAGAUCUAGUACAGACGCCAGCAACGCCAACUACUAGAACAACCUUCAAGGAGCCCUCGAGUCCGACAACGACAAAGAUCCAGCGCCGACUUAGUAAUUUGGUGCAGGCUCAGACGAACCGGAUCGAAUCAGCUUCAGACGCUGUCCGCGAAUCUAUCCUCGACUCUGCUGAUCAGGCACUAGGCAGGAUCAACACUACUCUCGACACUAGUUUCAAGUUCUUCUUUGGCGGACUGCGAGAACGAGAUCCUGCAGCAGAGCAACCUGUGCUGCCGAAAACUCUAGAAGAAGUACGGGAGCUUGUCAGCUCACCCACCCGAGGACUACAUAUCGAUGACGAUAACCUGAGCGUCAGUGCAGCAAGUGAAGAUGACCGCCAUGAGGUACUGCCCAAACAAGAUCUCAACACAAGAAUGAGCGAUCUAUUCGCCGGCAAACGACAAGUGCGAGACCGCAGUGUUGACUCCGCACGCUCAGGGGGCAGCAAUAGCGCACGCCGAGUGGCACUCGCUUCAAAGGCCAUCGAGGAGAAGACGCCAUCGCCGGCAGCAACGAAGACCGACCCAGCGCCUACCACUCCUUCAGCCGUCGACUCUCUCCGCAGCCUGGGCAAUAGCUUCAAUCCUUUGAACACUUUCAGGAGUGUCAGCGUCCUCCCACGAUUUGGGCGCGCUGCCAGCACCGUUACUACGCCAACACUACCCUCGCCUGCACCUGAGCAAACCAAGACAUCUCCCGUGCCUACUCCUGAGCCACCGAGCCGCACAAUAUCGACUGAAGUUGCGCUAGUGGAUGAGAAAGGUGUCAAGGCAAUCGCCGCCCUGGAGCAAAUGAAGAAGACUGCGCCCCCCUUGAAGAAGUUUUUAGAUGCAAAGGAUGCCCAGGACCUGAAGUUGAAAGAGGUUGACGAGCUGUUGAAGGAUUACCAGCGACUCGCUGCAGCGAUGCGGAGUGCGAUUCACCAAUUGUAGAUUUAAGCGUAGCAUUUAUGGCACAUACAGGCGGCGGAUGGUUAGAUAGAGGCGUCGGAGGUUUUGUGUAUUGAUACAUCUUCCAACUGCAUACAUAAGCAUGAUC